CUGCACUCGUUUCUUUCAACGUACGUCGAAAUGGCUGAAAGCAAAGGGUCGACGUUUUCUGGACCACCCGGUCAAUCGUCAGCUAAUCAAGGAUACAAGAUGGCAAUGGCUCCGUAUCAAAAAGGGGGAGAAUCCAUGGAAUUCAAAUAUUGUGAAGAAGUCACUAAAUAUGAAAAAUUAGCAAAGAUAGGCCAGGGAACAUUUGGCGAGGUGUUCAAAGCAAAGCAUAAGAAGAAUAAAAACAUUGUUGCAUUGAAGAAGGUACUGAUGGAGAAUGAAAAAGAAGGGUUUCCAAUCACAGCUCUGAGAGAGAUAAGAAUCCUUCAACUUCUUCGGCAUGAUAAUGUGGUCCCGCUCUAUGAGAUAUGCAGAACAAAAGCUACUGCAUACAACAGAUACAAGGGCAGCAUAUAUCUAGUGUUUGAAUUCUGUGAGCAUGAUCUGGCUGGACUUCUUAGCAACACCAAUGUCAAAUUCUCCCUGGGAGAAAUCAAAUCUGUCAUCAAGCAACUAUUAAAUGGACUCUACUAUAUACACAGUAACAAGGUACUUCAUAGAGACAUGAAGGCAGCUAAUAUUCUUAUCACUAAGGCAGGAGUGCUCAAGCUGGCUGACUUUGGACUCGCACGAGCGUUUAGUUUACCGAAAGGUGAUCAGCCGAAUCGCUACACGAAUAGAGUGGUGACGUUGUGGUACCGCCCACCUGAGUUGUUGCUCGGUGAACGCAAUUAUGGACCUGCUAUUGACCUGUGGGGGGCGGGCUGUAUCAUGGCGGAGAUGUGGACAAGAAGUCCCAUCAUGCAAGGCAACACAGAGCAGCACCAGCUGACAUUGAUCAGUCACCUCUGUGGUUCCAUCACAUCCAGUGUUUGGCCUGGACUUGAGAAGCUUGAACUCUCCCAUACUCUUGAACUCCCAAAGGGUCAGAAGCGGAAGGUCAAAGAUCGACUGAGAAGCUAUGUCAAGGACCAACAGGCAUUGGAUCUGAUUGAUAAACUCCUGAAUCUAGAUCCCAAAACAAGGAUAGAUGCGGAUCUAGCCUUGAACCAUGACUUCUUUUGGGUUGAUCCGAUGCCUUGUAGCCUUGAGCGUAUGUUAUCAACUCAUACUCAGUCUAUGUUUGAGUAUCUUACACCAAGAAGACGGAUCCAACAGCAUCCAUCACAUGCUAGUGGUACCAAUCGUAAUCCUCACCAUGCCCACCCAUCAAACAGACCUUCUCAGGCUGCAACAGACCAAAACUAUGAUAGAGUCUUCUAGACCUCUCACUGCUAGUGGUACCAAUCGUAAUCCUCACCAUGCCCACCCAUCAAACAGACCUUCUCAGGCUGCAACAGACCAAAACUAUGAUAGAGUCUUCUAGACCUCUAUGGAAACUGAUUACUUUAUUAAUUUAUGCACUAUCAGAUUUUCAAUAUCUCUUUUUUGUGUACGUGAAUGAUCUUUGCUUUAAAGACAAAACAAUGAGUUACUAGUAUCUCAAGAUCUAUAUGAGGUUAGCUUCUUUCCAAUAUAGGAAUAUUCAAGCCAUGCAUAAUGUGUCAGUGUUUAAUUUCUUUUCAUUUGCUACACUUAGACAGUCUAUGGCUUGCCUAACUUAUUCUGUUGUCACUGUUUCAAUGUUUCAUAAGGUCUGUUUUGAAAUGAAACUGCGCCUGCAGAUUUAAUGAUCGGCCUUAGGUAAGAUUUAAUUCUGCCAUAGAAUUUGUGGUUCGAGUUAUCUGAUGAGAUGGCUUCAAAACCUCAAAACACAUGUACUCAUUAUGAAGGCCAAGUCCAAUCCAACAAAAAAAUGGUUUGAUUUAAAAGAGGAAAUCAUGCAUAAUGCUGGAAAUUUUCAUUAAGAAUUAGAUAAAAGAGAAAGUCAUUACAUUUCAAAGUGUGGAAAUGCUAUUCAACCCAUAAAGCUUCAAAUCUUUGUAACAUCGAAUCUCAUUUGUAUAUUCACCUUGUUGUGCAUGCGAUGUAUGCAAAUAGGCAACCCUUGAAUGUCCUCACGUCUUAUCUUGCCAUCCAAUUUUAAUGAAAUUUUCAGCGUUGUUUGUUUGAAUUUUAUUUACAUAUUCAAUUCCACACUUUGUUGGUGUAGAUAUGUUUGAUUCAUUUAAUUUCAAUACAUUGCCUAAUAAGAAUCAUAACCUAUUUAAAGAAAAUUGAAAAUGUAGUCUUUAACCCUAAUGAGAUGGGGGAGGCUGAUUCUGCCCACCCCCUUGAACAUUUUACGCAAUAAAUCUGCUGCACAUUAUUUCUUGACCGUGUCACUCGCUUAUUUUUACUUGUAAGUCUUGCACAACUUUUGAGACUAAAUUGCAACCCUUGGGUAUGCGGUUCCAACAUUUUGUAAGUGCAUCCAGAACCAAAAUUGCUCAAAAAACAUGAAUUUGUGUACAAAUCCAAUGCAAAUUGUUUUUUGUCAAAAAGUAUCAUUAUUUUUCAUUUUGCUGAUUAAGAUCAAUUAAUUUCGUCUUGUUUAUGGUCAAAAUAAAGUCCCUGACAAUUAACAUUAAAAAAAAUAAAAAGUCGAAAAACAAAAAAAGUA